AUGCCUCGCGAUCCGCUCAUUGGCCUUGUGGGAAAACCCUCGGCUGAAAGACCCUGGCCAAAGCUGCCUCAACUUGGCGCUGAUCGCAAGUUACUUAGGCAACUUCCCGUAUGCUUCGCCCUUGUUCCAUACUUUUCAGUGCUCUUCAUGAGCAUGAGCGCUCUUCGAGCUAUUGGCUACCUCCAAAUCGAGUGUGCUUGUACCAGAUUCAAUGUAUCAGAUCGAUGUAGGCCUAACUACGGUGCCUGCGUACAGGGUCGCCGUUCUGUGCCUAUUGAGCUUCUUGAUGUUGCUGGUCUUGUUCCUGGUGCUCACGAGGGCCGUGGUUUGGGCAACAAAUUCCUUGACGACUUGCGUCAUGCAGAUGCUCUCAUCCAUGUUGUCGAUGUUUCUGGUACCGUGGACGCAGAAGGUAAGGAAACAAGAGGCUAUGACCCAUCCGUGGAUAUUGCCUGGUUACGCAGCGAGAUCGUCGCCUGGGUCCUGGGCAAUCUUAUGCAAAGAUGGGGAUCGAUCCGACGAAGACACCAGGCUAUUAAGGCAACGGCUACCGAAACUUUGCAAGCACAGUUCUCUGGGUACGGGUCAACAACGACUACUGUGAACCGUGCUUUGGAUCGUUGUGGUAUCAAGGAGCCUCUCGAAGAUUGGUCGAACGAAACCGUUGAGAUGGUUGUCAAUGCCUUUAUCGAUGAGAAAUUUCCUACAGUUAUCGCACUCAACAAGAUUGACCAUCCGGAUGCCGAUAAGAACAUCGCUAAAAUCGCCAAACAGCAAGAUCCCAACACUAUUGUACUGUGCUCUGCUAUCUCGGAGAUCUUCCUGCGAAAAAUGGCCAAGCAGGGUUAUAUCAAGUAUGUCGAAGGCAGCGAAUUCGUCGACACCAAGGAGGACUUGAUAGAGCAAGGCGACCCUACCGGUGGCGGUCUCAAAGAUCUCGACGAGAAGAACCGUACACGGAUUGAGAAUCUUAAGGACAUGGUACUGUAUCGCUUUGGAUCUACAGGUGUUGUACAGGUCCUUUCAAAAGCCGCCGAGUUGCUCGGUCUCGUCCCUGUCUUCCCUGUUCGAAACACAUCCACAUUCAGCUCUGGUGCCUCAGAGUCCAAGUUUGUCUUCCGAGACUGUGUUCUUGUCAAGAAAGGCAGCACGGUUGGAGAUGUGGCCCGUAAAGUUAUGGGUGAUGCACCUAUCGCAUUUGUCGAGGGUGCUGGGAACAUCCGAGUAUCUGAAGACGAUGUUGUUGCAGUGGGCAAGAAUGAUGUUUUAUCUUUCAAGGUCGGAAGGGCUUGA